AUGUUCCGAACUCUUAAAGAGUUUGUGAAAGUGCUGAGGGAUAUCAUCAUCAUUCAAUGCACAGCGGUGGAGGAACACAAGGUUCUACACCGCGACUGCAGCUUAGAUAAUGCAAUGAUUGUAGAUCUGUUAGGAGGUGGUAGUAGGGGGGUUCUAAUCGACUGGGAGUUUGCAGUGCGCAUCAACCCAGAUCUGAAGUAUGCCAUUGGUGGUAUGGGAACAAUCCCAUUCAUGUCUUGCGGGCUUCUCACCCAACUCUCAGAUGCACAACAGGCAGCGCUGGGCGGAAAGAAACUGAAAUAUAUCCCCAAAACAUCUUCAAACGCUUUGGCGUUGCCUGUAUCACAUGGCAAUUUUUUUGUAACCAAGAAGGAGGAACGCUGUCUUGUAGACAAGAUCCAUCCUUACUUCAAAGACUUAAUCCCUCUCACCAAGGAGUGGCGUACAGCUUUGAAGGACAAUAUGGAGAACCCUGUUUUCUUCAGCACCAUCCUUACACUAUUGAACACACAUCUUGACCGCCUUCCGGAUGACGAGGAUCUCGUUUCCACUGUCAAGACGCUCAAACAAUCUGCAGCUAUUCUCACAGACCGUGUCAAGAAGCGUGUCGCUUCACAAUCUUUCCCCAUGGAAUUACCCAAGCGUCGGAAGUCUGAUGGUAUUUCGAUGGAGACUGACAAUGAGUCAGAUGGUUAG